CUCGACUAAAGCACCAAUGGAACCUCUAGGGUUUCUUCUCUGAUUCCAACCGUAUACGAAUCGGGAGCUUCUAGCGAUUCCAUUUCUUCUUGGACAGCAUUGAAAUUCGAGUUUCGAUGGUCAAUCUUAUGGAAACCGAAGAUUUCGCCUCCGAUUUGCAGUCUCCUUCAGCUUCUUCGGAUCAUAGGUUUGAGGUUAAUCGGAUUUUGGGAUGUGGGGAAAUUGAAGAUACAGAGGCGAUUGAUGAAGCAUUAGUACUUAAUAGCUCGUUACUUGAAACCCCAUUUCAAGUGCUCUACGACGAUACGGAGCUAGUAGAUAACGGAAAUUGUGGUGACGAGGAAUCACUGAACCAGGAAUGUUACGGUCUCGACCAAGUGGUGGUGGAUGAUAGUGAUGAUGAAGAUGGAAGUGUCGCUGCUGGUGAGCCGAUGUGUUUGCCGGAGCUAAGCCCGAAAGCUGGAGAUAUACUUUUGGAGUCUGAUGGAUCAAAUGAUCACGAAUGUCAAACAGGCAAGCAAGAAUCAAAUUGUGAUACAGUGACCGGUUUCCAAGGUUCAUUGCGGAUUACUGCUAGUAGCCAUGGUCCAGGGCUUGAUUUUUUGGAUUCUCAAGAACCAGGAGAGUCAACACAAGCAGAUGCCCUUGGUUUUGUUGACCACUUUUUGAUGGACAAAGAUCUAAAUUUGUCUCCAGUUGAUCUCCCGGUUAAUAGUUGCAGAAGGAAGUCAUCUCCUGUAUCAGGUGCAAAAGGAUGUCAAUCUCUGGCCAAAAGAAUUAUGAGCAGAAGUCCAACCAGGAAAAUGAGUGUCUUUGAUUGGAGUAGUGAUCAGUGUGAUGUGAGUGACCCUAAAACCUCUCCAGUCACUCGUGCAAGUAUUACAUGCUCCAAGAUAAGAGAAGAUCAGGUUGCAGGUGAUGAUUUUGGAGUGAAGAAACGAUCUAGGGAUCCGUGUGAUAUUAGAAAAGUCUCAAGUCAUCCCACACAAAGAGUUAUGAAGAACAGUUCUGCAAAGCAUCUCAAGAUGGAACAAGCAUCGGGUUUGAGUGAGGGCAUUAUGUUUAUCUCACAGAAGGAUGCUCAGUUGGAGGAUAAGGCGCCAAAGGAGCCCUUGGAACCCGAGGAAGACUUUAUUGACAUUGGUAUUAACACUCAAAUUGCUGCUGAAGCAAUGAGUGCUUUAGUGUAUGCUCCCUGUACUACAGAAGAAGCUUGUGAAUCAGACCCAAUUCCUGGGAGUGUAUCAGAAAUGAGGGAUCAAGUUAGUAAUCUUUCUAGAAGGAACAAUGAUACCAUUGAGGGUGAACCUGAAAGAGACAAAUUGAAUGGUCUGUUUAGUGCUGCUCCACACAGGGAAAGAAACUCUAAGAAGAAGAGAAAAUUCACCAAUGAAGAGAGAACCAGAGCUAACGUCUCUGUUAAAACAUGUCUUCUCAACUUAUGUGAAUGGAGGCAUCCCAGAGCCAAAAGAUCACGUCUUAUGCAAAGACAUCACGUCCCACCUAGGAGAUCUUGGGGUGCUAGUUUAGUUAAAGACAGAAGUGAAACCAACACUUUGUCAAGCAGCUUACGAGGAUCGUUAAGUGGGACAAGACAAGCCUCUUCUUGCCAAUCAGGAGUCAUUGACUUGAAUGUUGCAUAUCAUGCUUCUCCAAGGAAAAUAUAUGACGGAAGUCAUGAAAGCCCUUGCAAUAAAGAUUUCCCCAGGUUAUUCCUUCAGAAGGAGCUUACUACGAGCCUUGGAGGACCUGGUAAAAUAGGUGACUUCGUGUGGAAAGACUUAAGGAAACGAAGAAACUUGGCACAUGUUCGAGUCUUAUUCAGCCAGAAUCUGGAUGAUGAAACAGUCAAGCAGCAGAAGAAGAUAAUGGUUCGACUCGGAAUUUCUCCGGCAUCUUCAUCAGCAGAUUCAACACAUUUCAUAGCAGACAGAUUUGCUCGGACAAGGAAUAUGUUGGAAGCCAUAGCUCUUGGUAAAUUUGUUGUUACGCCUAUAUGGCUCGAGAGCUGUGCACAAACAAGAUGCUUGAUAGAUGAGAAGAGUUACAUUUUAAGGGAUAUCAAAAAGGAAAAAGACGGGUUCUGCUUGCUUACAUCUUUGGCCCGUGCGAAGCAGCAUCCCCUUCUUAAGGGGUUUAAAGUCUGCAUCACCCCCAGCAUUAAACCAAGCAGAGGUAUGAUUACUGAUUUAGUAAAGAUGACUCAAGGGCAGGUAGUGGAGGCAAGUGAGAUAAUUGCUGCAGAGGAUAGAAACUUUCCAGAAGAUGUGUUGAUUCUUUCUUGCAAAGAAGAUCGAGAUUUCUGUCUUCCUUUCGUUAAUCAAGGAGCUGUAAUUUUCACCUCUGAGCUUUUACUGAAUGGAAUCGUGAUUCAGAAACUGGAAUAUGCCAGGUUUGCAACGCAUUAUCACCAAAAUCAGAGAUUAUAA